AUGUCUGCCACCGGGCCAAUGAGCGGAAGGAAACUGUCGACUUCGGGAGAAUCUUUGUUUCACACACUAAGAGUCCCUAAGGGGGCUCCAGAAGAAGACUUAAGGAAAUCAUACAGGAAGUUGGCUUUACAAUUCCAUCCGGAUAAAAAUCCAGACAAUCCCUCAGCAUCUGAAACUUUCAAGGAAAUUAAUCGUGCUUACCGUAUUUUAACUGAUCCUGUGAAACGGAGUAUUUAUGAAAAAUAUGGAAGUGUAGGCUUGUCUAUUGCAGAACAAUUUGGUGAAGAAAAUGUGAACACCUACUUUGUGCUUACAAAUAAACGGUGUAAAGCGCUUUUCAUUUUCCUCUUCUUGAUCACUGGUUGUUUCUUCUGUUUUUGUUGCUUUUGUUGUUUCAACUUUUGUUGUGGUUUAUACAAACCGAAACCACCACCUGAUGAAGAGGAUGUGGAAGCAAAAAUGCAACUUAAUGAAGAAGAUCUUGACGAUGUAACACCAAUGCAACAAUCAGCUCCACCAUAUAAUCCAUCAUCAUCAUCUGGUUUCGGCAGUGACUUCAACACUGGUCCGACAUCGAUUAGCGGUGAUAGAUUCCCUUAUCCAACACCUGUAACUGUAG